AAGCAGGAAAUUAGCCAAGCAGCAGUUUUUAGAGAGCACAGAGUUGCUUCUCACCACCUUAGUCAGCUAGUUUUGUUCUUGAAGGAAUUGAGAAGAACAACCUUUGCAGGGCAAAGAUGUUGACUGAAGAACUACUGGUGUUCAUCUCAUCCACCCAUGGGGAAGCAAACCAUCUGAUUCUCAGAUUGAAGAGAGUUCUGAGGCCUAGAGAACCAGCAACCUCAUAUCAUCUGCAAAGAGGAAUUGUCCCUCAGAGAGACUCCCAGGUUCAAGAAGACCUUCAUAAGCUUAAAGUGAAAAAUAACAGUACAAAAGGAAACGUGCAAGUUAUGGAUAUUAGCGACCUCAAAACAGCAUUUGAAGGCACUGAACUUGGGCUGAGAAAACAUGCUGAAAAUUAUUUAAAUGCUAUAAACAGACAAGUGUUAACUGUUUCUUCUGCUGAUAAUAAGGAAGUACAUUCAAAAGAGCCAUCUAAAUGGGAGCUUCAUUGUGGUGCUUCUCAGAAACAGCUUAUUUUACCACGAGUGCAUGUUGAGCCCAGGACUGUCCAAGCAUACAGGAAAUCAUCACUACGUGUUUCUCAAGGUCCACAGGUAGAAAUGGAUAUGAAGGUUAUGCUUGACCCAGAGAUCACCAAUUAUAAAGCUGUUUUGAAACACAACAACUAUGACACCAGGCUGCCACUUAUAACUCAGAAAAAAACUGCUCCUGUUAACCUGUCUGAUUUGACUGCCUCUCAAUAUGCAGAUUCUGCCUUACCCCUGUUAGAAGAAGAUACAACAAAAGGUGAGUCACAAAAAGCUCUUGUGAGUGCUGUUGUCACCAGAUGUAUGCUACUUAAGCAGUGUCAUUUGCUGUUUGCAGCAGAUAACUGCCAGUCAAAUUCUCUGGCACCUCAAAACUUGGAAGGACUGCAAAGGGUAGAGAUCAACUCCAGACUACUUAUUCUGUGUGGUAUCUGACUUAAGAUAUAGUGAAUGUUAUGUUGGCUCUGCUAUGAGAAAGGCAUUGUGAAUUUGUUCCAUGUGGGAGAGUAGAAAAUAAAUGCUGCUGUUUGAUUACCUGUGUUCUGUUUUGGGACCCUCACUCCCAAAUGGGCAUUCAGGUGCUGUAGGAGACCCAGAGGAAG